UACUGAAAAGUCACAAAAGAAACACAAAAUGUUUUAAACCAGAAAGUUUGUUGAUUAGGAAGUGUUUUAAUGUCGCAAUUUAAUUAGCAUGUAUAUAUACAAAAUUAAAUGAAAAAUGGAGGUGUUUCAAACAGAUUCUCAUUACAUUUUUGUAAAACGGGAUAAAAGCCUUUGGUGGCAUCGCAAAACCUCCGAGUUCACAAUCAAAGCAGGCUGGGAUCUUAGUUCGGUGGAUGACAUCGAAUGUAUUGGAGUUACGCAUGGAAUUGUGGGCGUAAUUUCAUUGCCAAAUGUCUAUGAGCCACAUUUGAUUGUUGUGCGAGAAGCCCAAGCUGUGGGUGUGCUAUAUCCACCGCAUUUGGUGUACAAAGUCAAAUCCAUUUGCAUACUAAGUGCUGAAGAUCCCGACGCAGAGCUAUCCAAUUGCACUAAGCACACAAAAAGCAACCAAUCGACUCCUACACACAAUGUCACCCCCUCCGCCACAGCAUCUAACAACAGCGCCGCGGGUGGGGGCAGUUCCUCGAAAAGCACUAAACUUUUCGAGGGCAUGAAUAAAACUUGGGGAGCUGUGAAGAGUGCUGGCAAUACAAUUAAGAAUACCACUCAGCAGGCUGCAAAUUUGGCCACAAAACAAGUGAAAUCAUCGGUGGGUAUAAGAGAGCCCAGGCAUAUCGAGCGUCGCAUCACGGAGGAGCUGCACAAAAUAUUCCAUGAGACGGAUAGUUUCUACUUCAGUUUCGAUUGCGAUAUAACCAAUAAUUUACAACGCCAUCAAGCUGGUACAGAGAACGGUCCGUUGCAGGAUGAAAGAUUCUUUUGGAAUAAGCAUAUGAUACGCGAUCUGAUCACAAUGCAGGAUAAAACCUGGAUUUUGCCCAUUAUCCAAGGAUUUGUCCAAGUCGAGCCAUGUGUUAUUGGUAAUGAGUGCUUCACAUUGGCCUUGGUGUCACGACGAUCGCGUCAUCGAGCAGGCACACGUUACAAGCGACGUGGCGUCGAUGAGAGAGGAAAUUGCGCCAAUUAUGUGGAAACUGAACAAAUACUCACAUUUCGCCAUCAUCAGUUAUCAUUUACUCAAGUGCGGGGUUCCGUACCGAUCUAUUGGAGCCAGCCAGGCUAUAAAUAUCGGCCACCGCCACGCCUAGAUCGGGGCGUGGCUGAAACGCAGCAGGCUUUCGAGAUGCACUUUACCAAAGAGCUGGAAAUCUACGGGCGCGUCUGCAUUAUCAAUCUGGUAGAGCAGAGUGGCAAAGAGAAGCUAAUUGGAGAUGCAUAUGCAGAUCAUGUGAUUAAAUACAAUAAUGAUCUCAUGAUUUAUGUUACAUUUGAUUUCCACGACUAUUGUCGAGGAAUGCGUUUUGAAAACGUUUCUGCUCUGGUCGAUGCAAUUGGUCCCGAAGCAGGUUCUAUGGGUUUUCAUUGGCGCGAUCAACGCGGCAUGAUUUGCAAUCAGAAAUCAGUAUUCCGAGUAAAUUGUAUGGAUUGUUUGGACCGAACCAAUGUAGUGCAAACCGCAAUUGGUAAGGCUGUGCUUGAAUCGCAAUUGGUCAAGUUGGGUCUCUCGCCACCCUAUACGCCCAUACCCGAAGCACUUAAAUCACCAUUUAUGGUGCUGUGGGCAAACAAUGGCGACAUUAUCAGCAGACAGUAUGCGGGCACAAAUGCUCUCAAGGGGGAUUAUACACGAACUGGAGAGCGUAAGAUCAGCGGCAUGAUGAAGGAUGGCAUGAAUUCGGCCAAUCGCUAUUUGAUACAAAACUUUGCGGACUCGUUUCGCCAGUGCGUUAUCGAUCUGAUGCAGGGAAAUCUGAAGCAGGAGUCGGAGCUGCAAGAAGAUGCCAUCCUAGGCACAUUUGUUAAGCUAAUCACACCCGAGAUGCGUCCACCUAUCGGUGGCUAUUAUAGUGCGGGCGUUCUCGGACCCGAAUUGCAAUUGCUCGAAUCAAUUGUUACAUCCAGCUACUAUUUGGCUCGUUUUAAGGAUUCUUAUCGGCAGGCCACCAUCGAUCUGAUGCUGGGCAAUCAGGUAUCUUCAGAAUCGUUAAGUGCUUUGGGUGGUCAAGCGGCACCUGAUGAAACUGAUGCCACAGAAAACGCCGAACAUGCCAAGAUGCUCGUGGAGGAUUGUCGUCGCCUGUUGCUUGGCUCAGCUCAGUAUCCAGUUGGUGCUUGGGGACUUAUCGAUGCAGACCCCAGUUCUGGUGACAUAAAUGAAACCGAGGUCGACUCAAUUCUGCUGCUCACCGAUGAUUGUUACAUUGUGGCCGAAUACGACUCGCAUUUAGACAAAAUUGUUCGCUUCGAGAAGGUGCAACUUGCGCAGGUGCGAGCUAUCGAAUUGGGAAUGCAUCAGCAGACGAAGAUCUUCCAGGGUUCUGCUCCAGCACAUCUAUGCCUGCGUCUGAAUUACAGCGUCGAUGGGCAAGAUGGCUAUUUCCACAUGUUCCGAUCGGCUAAUUUGCGUUUCUUUAAUAACAUGGCAUAUGUAAUCAAGACCCAAGAAGAGCUUACCGAAUCCCUAACAUCAAUAGUCGAAAUGUUUCGCAUUGCCCUUGAGAAUGCUGGAAACCUGGAGACGCGUUACAUUACGGGCGGUGUACUUCAGCGACGUAAGAGUAAGAUUCCGCUUUUAGAUGUACCCAAGGGCAUGCCGCGCAACCUUUCCGAAUCUCAAUUGGUACAAAUAAGCUCCAAGGCUUUGUCGAAUGUGGCAGGCCAAUUCUCGAAAUUGGGUCAGACCUUCAAGAAGCCAUCGACACAGCAUCAACAGCAGACAAAUUCGGCGAAUCUCGCUGCCACCAUUAAUCCUCAAGUAAUGCGGCAAUCGGAAGGCAAUGCUAUUGAUCCUUGCCAGGAGGCUGAGAAAGCAAUUUUUACAUUAGGUGGCAAGCCGCGAGCAUCGAACAGCACAAGCAGCACCGAUACAGACGAGCAGGACAAUAGCCUCUACGAGCCAGAUGUUGACUCCGAUGUGGAGAUUGUUAUGGACAAGUCCAAUUACAAUGAGAAUGCCUUUCUGCCAUCGGUUGGCAUUGUGAUGGGCAAACAAAAAGAUGAUUCGCCAAGCUCAUCAGACGAUAUGCGACAGCUGGAGCAAAAAGAUAGCAUGUGCAAGACAUCCGAAGAUGUACUAACCAUUUCGAUCACCUCUGUAACCGAUCACGUUGGCCUGCCCACAGGCCUGCUUGAGAAUGCUCCACCAGUGCGUCCGAUUACGCCCAAUCCGCAGAUUUGUAUUCAAGCUCAAGAAGCAAUCGAGGCAGAAGAGGGCGACUCGGUAUCCAGUUCCACAACGAAAGGUCUGAGCCUGCCUCUAGGUCAACCGACUAGCGCUGAGGUUAACAAGCUAAAACAUCUCACCAGCCCACUCUCUAAGCUGGCCAAGAACAUUGGGCUCAAUCUAGAUCCGCGCAAAAUUGCCACCAAGACUGGCGUACUCUCUCCCACCAGUCAAUCGGCUGAGAACUCUCCACCAGAACGCGGACCAAACUCACGUGAUCAUUUGCUAGAAUUGUGGACUGCAGAGCAAUGCAAAACCAAAUUGAUAGCCCUUUAAGUGGCAUUAAAAAUUGAUUAAAAUAGUUCUUACAGUGAUAUAUAUAUAUGC